CUCUGCUUUACGCAACCAUUUUUGGGAAUGUGACAACUAUCUUCCAGCAAAUGUAUGCUAAUACAAACCGAUAUCAUGAAAUGCUGAAUAGCGUCCGUGACUUCCUGAAGCUCUAUCAAGUACCCAAAGGCUUGAGCGAACGCGUGAUGGAUUACAUUGUUUCUACCUGGUCAAUGUCCAGGGGCAUUGAUACUGAAAAGGUUUUACAGAUCUGUCCUAAGGACAUGCGAGCAGAUAUCUGUGUACAUCUGAAUCGAAAGGUUUUUAAAGAGCACCCAGCAUUCAGGCUGGCUAGUGAUGGGUGCCUGAGAGCUCUUGCAAUGGAAUUUCAGACUGUGCAUUGUGCUCCUGGAGAUCUCAUUUACCAUGCGGGUGAGAGCGUGGACAAUCUUUGCUUUGUGGUUUCAGGAUCUUUGGAGGUCAUCCAAGAUGAUGAAGUUGUUGCAAUUUUGGGCAAAGGGGAUGUCUUUGGUGAUGUCUUCUGGAAAGAAACAACUCUUGCCCAAUCAUGUGCGAAUGUAAGGGCUUUGACUUACUGUGACCUUCAUGUAAUUAAAAGGGAUGCCUUACAGAAAGUGCUGGAGUUCUACACAGCCUUUUCCCAUUCUUUCUCCAGGAAUCUCAUCCUGACAUACAACUUGCGAAAAAGGAUUGUAUUCCGGAAGAUCAGUGAUGUAAAACGAGAAGAAGAAGAGAGGAUGAAAAGGAAGAAUGAAGCCCCUUUGGUCCUGCCACCUGACCAUCCAGUCCGUCGGCUUUUCCAAAGAUUUCGGCAGCAGAAGGAGGCCCGACUAGCUGCAGAAAGAGGAGGCAGAGAUGACCUAGAUGUUGAAAGGGGCAACAUUUUAGGAGAUCACUCUUCCCACACAGUUGUCAAAGCCAGCAUUGUCACAGUAAGGGAAAGCCCUGCAACGCCAAUUGCCUACCAGUCCGCUUCAACAUCGGGUGUAUCUGAUCAGGCCAAACUACAAGCUCCAGUCUCAGACUAUGUUGGUGGGAAAGCAGCAGGGGAUUAUCCAAAGCGUAAAGGCUGGGCAAAAUUCAAAGAUGCUUGUGCCAAGGGAGAGGACUGGAACAAAGUUUCCAAAGCCGAGUCCAUGGAAACAUUGCCAGAAAGAACAAAAGCAACGGGUGAAGCUACUUUGAAAAAGACAGACUCUUGUGACAGUGGCAUCACAAAAAGUGACCUGCGCUUGGACAAUGUGGGGGAAACACGAAGUCCUCAGGAUCGAAGUCCCAUCCUUGCUGAAGUCAAACACUCUUUCUACCCUAUCCCUGAACAGACUCUCCAGGCAACUAUGCUGGAAGUGAAACACGAGCUGAAGGAGGACAUCAAAGCUUUAAACACAAAAAUGACCAAUAUAGAAAAACAGCUUGCUGAGAUACUAAGGAUAUUAGCCUCUCGAAGAAGCUCUCAGACCCCACAGGAGCUGUAUGAAAUAUCGAGACCCCAAUCUCCAGAAUCAGAAAAGGAUAUGUUUGGAGCAAGCUGA